CAUCGCACUUCCUCCUCACGCAGCGCUUUCUACGCACUGUAUGACUGCUGAUCUGCUGUUACUCACUUUCACAGCUUUGGACCGCAGAACAGUUCAAUCUUUUCAUCAUGGGCCUCACCAGCGAUCCAAACUAUCUCAAACUGGAACAAUGGUACAAAUCCAGCGCUGGAAACCUGAACAUGAGGCAGAUGUUCGAGGCGGAUCAAGACCGAUUCAACAAGUUCAGUUUAACGCUGGAGACGGAUGAUGGAGAUGUCCUGCUGGAUUACUCCAAGAAUCUCAUCAAUAAAGAAAUUAUGGACAUGCUUUUUGACAUGGCACGAUCGUUGGGCAUCGAGGCAGCCAGAGAGAAGAUGUUUACUGGAGAGAAGAUCAACUUCACUGAGGGUCGGGCUGUUCUCCACAUCGCUCUGAGAAACCGCUCGAACACUCCCAUUAUGGUGGACGGAAAAGAUGCGAUGCCCGAUGUGAACAGAGUUCUGGCGCAGAUGAAGCAGUUUUGCCAUAAAGUGCGCAGUGGCGAGUGGAAAGGCUUCAGUGGUAAAUCCAUCACUGAUGUGGUGAAUAUUGGCAUUGGAGGAUCUGAUCUGGGUCCUCUCAUGGUGACUGAAGCUCUGAAGCCGUACUCUAAAGGAGGACCCAACGUGUGGUUCGUCUCUAACAUCGACGGCACACACAUGGCCAAGACCCUCGCCCAGCUCAACGCUGAGACAACCCUCUUCAUUAUUGCAUCCAAGACCUUUACCACCCAGGAGACCAUCACUAACGCAGAGACGGCCAGAGAAUGGCUCCUCCAGGCUGCUAAUGAUCAAUCUGCUGUGGCCAAACACUUUGUGGCUCUUUCUACCAACGCACCGAAAGUUAAAGACUUUGGUAUCGACACCAAGAACAUGUUUGAGUUUUGGGAUUGGGUCGGCGGGCGUUACUCGCUGUGGUCGGCUAUUGGUUUGUCCAUUGCACUGCACAUAGGUUUUGAAAACUUCGAGCAGCUUCUUGCUGGUGCUCAUUGGAUGGAUAACCACUUUCGCACGGCUCCUCUGGAGCAGAAUGCUCCGGUCUUACUGGCCCUGCUGGGCGUCUGGUACGUCAACUUCUUCCAGGCGGAGACGCAUGCCCUGCUGCCCUACGACCAGUACAUGCACCGCUUCGCUGCGUACUUCCAGCAGGGAGACAUGGAGUCCAACGGGAAAUACAUCACAAAGUCUGGCACUCGUGUGAACUACCACACCGGACCCAUCGUGUGGGGGGAGCCGGGAACUAAUGGACAGCACGCUUUCUACCAGCUCAUUCACCAGGGGACUCGCUUGAUUCCCGCUGACUUCCUCAUACCAGCUCAGACUCAGCAUCCAAUCAGAGACAACCUCCAUCACAAGAUCCUGAUGGCAAACUUCCUGGCUCAGACAGAGGCUCUUAUGAGAGGAAAGACCUCUGAUGAGGCCAAGAAAGAGCUCAAGGCUGCUGGGAUGUCUGGAGAUGCGCUGGAGAGACUCCUGCCCCAUAAAGUAUUUCAGGGAAACAAACCGAGCAACUCCAUCAUCUUCAAGAAGCUCACACCCUUUAUGCUUGGUGCAUUAGUUGCAAUGUAUGAGCACAAGAUCUUUGUGCAAGGCGUGAUUUGGGAUAUCAACAGCUAUGACCAGUGGGGUGUGGAGCUGGGCAAGCAGCUGGCCAAGAAAAUCGAACCCGAGCUGCAGGAUGACGCAGAAGUUGAUUCCCACGACUCUUCCACCAAUGGACUCAUCAGCUUCUUCAAGAAGAACCGCUCUUAAGCAUUUUCAGACCCCCUAACCCAUCUCUGCUGGCCCUCUCAUCCAAAGGGAGUAAUGAAUUGUGUAUUAACGCUUGGCGUAGUUCAUAUCUGAUAGGCCUAGAUAAGGAGGAUGAGCACUUUAUGUCUGUUUCAUCACGUAUAAGCCAUGAGAUUGUUGUGUGUCGUGUAAGAUUUGACUGUAUUCAUGUCUGUGAGGGAAACACCUGUGUGCACUGUUUAUUCUAGAUACAAUAUCAUGGACCAACGAACCACAAUAAAUGUAUAAUUUGUCGGUU